AGUGAGGGCACCGCCAUGAGACCAACAUGGACAACCAAUCAAAGCUCGGCUCAGGCUACGCCUUUUGGGCAGUAUCGGCUUCACCACCGUGCUUUACACGGGUUUGGUUUGCUCACUCAAGAUGUCGGAGAGCGCAGAGUUGUCCGCAGAGCCCAGCGCGGAGACGGCGGCGGUGGAGGAGACGGUAGGGAUCGCGGACGAAAAGAAGAAAAAAUCCUCUCUCCUCUAGUUGAUAUCUUGUUGAAGGCUGUUGGUGACGCUCCUAUCAUGAAGACUAAGAAGUGGUCUGUGGAGAGGAGCCGCACAGUGCAGGCGCUCGGGCUGUUCAUCAAGAAAUUCCUUAAACUAGAACCAGCGGAGCAACUGUUUAUCUAUGUGAAUCAGUCCUUUGCUCCUUCCCCUGAUCAAGAGGUGGGGACUCUGUUUGAGUGUUUUGGCAGUGAUGGGAAGCUGGUUCUUCAUUACUGUAAGUCUCAGGCUUGGGGGUGAACUUAGGAGGACGAACCCACUUCCUUUCUGCCGGUAAAGUGGAAAAAGGCUACACGGACACAAGCCGCGCAUAUUGCCACCCCAAUAAUAGUCAAAAAUAUAAACUGAGAAAAAACUCAAAGAAACUGAAGAAAAUGAAAGAAUUGGACGUCUUUGUAAAUUCAGCACUGUUGACUGUUUCAUAAUUAUGGAGUAAAUAAACUUCUUUGUUUUC